CAGAGAUUCUGAGCUUCUCCCAUGUGUAAGAAACGAUGGAUAAAACAGACGAAAGGAUCACAUUGGAAGAAUGUUUAAUCAAACUUACCGUCAACACUCAGCAUCCAGAUAAUUUUCUGAGCCUUCAAGAUGCCGUGGCAACAGAUUUUACAUCUCUCACCAAAAACCUUUAUGACCUCCACAAAGCCCAGGAGCCAACAGAAUAUAAUGGCAGCCCGUUGGUUCAGCUGAUUGUGGAAAACUUUGAUGAAGAGCAAAUCUGGCAGGAGCUGGAGCUGCAGAACUCUGCUGUACUAAAACACUUUGCAAAUGCAGUUGAUGAGGCUUUGUCCGAUGAGACGUUAGCAGUACUGGAGGAGGAAGAAGAGAUGGUUGAAGGUACUGGGGAUGAGGAAGAAGGAGAGCCCGAUGAAAAUAAAGAGGAAGAUGCAGAAGAGAAGCCACGAGGUAGGUUUAAGAAAAUGGCUGACCAUGGAGCAGAAGAUUACACAGAAGAGGACUCUGAUUUAGAUUUUGAUGUGGAUGCUCUGGAGAAGCGAGAGAAACAGAAGAGGAAACCCACAGAGAAACUUUCCAAAAUGAAGGGCCUUCCCUCGGAGGUUGAUGAUAAGUUCUUUAAGUUGUCAGAAAUGGAGUCAUUUCUUGAUGACAUGGACAAGCAAGAAAGGAAGGAGGAUGAGGAUGAAUCUGAUGUCGAUUACUUUCAGGACCUGCCCUCUGAUGAUGAUGCCAAUUUUGACCUUGAAAUGAUUUCAAGGAAAAAGCCAAAGAAAAACACUGAGAAGAGCUCCAGAGAUCUUAAGUACAACGACUACUUUAGUGCUGUGGAAGGGGCUGAUGCAGACGAGCAGUUGGAUAGUGAGGAUGACUGCGUGCAUGAGGAGGAAGAUGGAGAGGAAGAAGUAGAUAAUGACGAUGAUUUUGGAGAGGACUUUGACAAUGAGAGCAGAGAUGUGAGCCAGGCAAAAGCCUCUCAAAAAAAGGUGACAUUUAACCUUUCUGGAGAUGAAGACAGUGAAGGGGAGGACCUUGAGGACAUUUUUGGAGGAAAAAGCCCAAGCUCAAAAAAAUCUCAAACCAAGUCAUCUUAUGAAAAAAAUCAAGAAAAGAUGUCAGAGAAGAUCAUGGAAUUGGAGAAAGCCUCCCUUGCUUCAAAGUCAUGGCAGCUGUCUGGAGAGGUGACAGCGCAAACCCGCCCAGAAAACAGCAUGCUUGAAGAAGAUUUGGACUUUGAGCAGGCGUCUAGGAAGGCUCCUGCUAUCACAGAGGAAACCACACUACAUCUUGAGGACAUAAUUAAACAAAGAAUUAAAGACCAGGCAUUUGAUGACGUGGUACGCAAGGAGAAGCCCAAAGAGGAGGUGUUUGAGUACAAGAAGAGAUUGACGUUAGACCACGAGAAGAGCAAGCAGAGUCUAGCAGAAAUUUAUGAGCAGGAAUACGUCAAGCAGACACAGCAAAAGACAGAAGAGGAGGAGAACCCAGCCCAUGUAGAAAUACAAAAACUGAUGGACGCACUCUUCUUAAAGCUGGAUGCCCUCUCCAACUUCCACUUUACACCUAAACGAUCUGCGCCUGAGGUGCAGGUGGUUUCUAACCUGCCGUCUAUCACAAUGGAAGAAGUGGCUCCAGUAACUGCCAGUGAUGCUACACUGCUUGCUCCAGAGGAAAUCAAGGAGAAAACCAAAGCCGGUGAUAUUGUGGGUGACAAGGAAAAGACAUCAACAGACAAGAAGCGUGAGCGACGACAUAAGAAGAAGGUGAAACAUUUCAAAAUCAAGGAGAAAGAAAAGAAACAGAAGCUCAGAGAAGCAAGUAAAGCUGCAGAGAACAAAAGGCCGUCAAAGGCUCAAGCCACAGAAGACCUGAGGAAACUCGCUAAAGGAGGCAAAACUACUAUACUCAAGAAUGACGGAAAGGACAAAGCACUGCGAUCUUCUCAAUCCUUCUUCUCUCAGCUGCAGGAUCAAGUGAAAAGUCAGAUCAAAAGUGCCAAAGGGCAGCCUGCAAAAAAGAAGCACAAAGAAGUUUCUGCCAGCAAACUCAAGUUAUAGCGACUGAUACAAAGUUGUGGCGGAUUAUUUUAUUGUACAGUCCAUUUUAUUACCAUAACUGAUAUCUUUGAAUUGAUAUGUUUGAUUUUAUGAAAAUAAAACGAUAUUCAAUU